AUGGCGACCGCAGUUGAGAUGGCCAUCGAGAAAAUCGAUGAGGUCAAGUCGAGGAUUGGCCGCACAUUGGGUACUCCUAUGCGUCUACGUGAUCUCAUACGGCAAGUUCGAGCAGCACGCACGAUGGCAGAAGAGAGGGCUGUCGUCGACAGGGAAAGCGCAAAUAUAAGGGAGAAUUUUCGAGAAGAUGAUUCACCUUGGAAGUGCCGAAACAUAGCCAAACUCCUUUACAUCCAUAUGCUUGGUUAUCCCGCUCACUUUGGACAGAUGGAAUGUAUGAAACUUGUUGCACAACCUCGUUUCACCGACAAACGAAUAGGAUAUCUUGGUGCAAUGUUGUUACUGGAUGAACGCUCCGAAGUUCAUUUACUUGUUACCAAUUCGUUGAAAAAUGAUCUGAAUGCGUCUACUCAGUUUGUGACUGGAUUAGCUCUUUGUACCCUUGGUUCCAUAUGCUCAGCUGAAAUGUGCCGUGACCUUGCAAACGAAGUAGAACGUUUGGUGAAGAGCAGUAACACGUACAUUAAGAAAAAGGCAGCUUUGUGUGCUUUCCGAAUCGUGCGAAAAGUUCCUGAACUAAUGGAGGUUUUUAUUUCGUGUACUCGUUCACUUCUUGGAGAGAAAAACCAUGGCGUUCUUAUGGGUGCAACAACGCUUGUGACAGAGAUGUGCGAGCGAAGUCCAGAUGUGCUGAAUCACUUCAAAAAGCUGGUCCCGAAUCUAGUUCGAAUUCUCAAAAAUCUCCUCAUGAGUGGUUAUUCGCCGGAACAUGAUGUUACUGGUAUUAGUGAUCCAUUUUUACAGGUUAAAAUCUUGCGUUUGCUCAGAGUUUUGGGCAAAGAUGAUCCGAGAGCUACCGAAGAAAUGAACGAUAUUCUUGCUCAGGUAGCUACGAAUACAGAAACUGCUAAAAAUGUUGGAAAUGCUAUUCUAUACGAAACAGUGUUGACGAUCAUGGAAAUUAAGAGUGAAAGUGGGUUAAGAGUAUUGGCCGUCAACAUUCUUGGACGAUUUUUAUUGAAUCCCGAUAAGAAUAUUCGGUAUGUGGCGUUGAAUACAUUGUUAAAGACGGUUUCCAUUGACUAUCAGGCGGUGCAACGUCAUCGCACCACUGUUGUUGAUUGCCUUAAGGAUCCAGAUGUUUCAAUAAGGAAGCGAGCAAUGGAGCUGUGUUUUGCACUAAUAAACAAGACUAACAUAGCAAAUAUGACGAAGGAGAUACUUAUUUUCCUAGAGACAGCUGAUCCAGAGUUCAAGUCUGAGUGCGCCUCUAAAAUGUAUGUAGCCACAGAACGAUUCUCACCGAAUCAUGAGUGGCACCUAGACACUAUGAUCACAGUCCUACGUCUGGCUGGUAACUACGUACCAGAUGAGGUUGUGUCAUGUAUGAUUCAACUUAUAUCUUCACAUGGAGAACUACAACACUACGCUGCUGUACAACUGUUCCGGGCUGCUCAACUUGACUCAACGAAUGCUCAACCGCUUUUGCAGGUUGCUUUCUGGACUAUUGGAGAAUUUGGUGAUUUGCUACUUCAGCCAGCUGAUGCUGACUCGGCUAAGGUUGAAGAAACAGAUGUAAUAGAGGUGUUUGAACAUGUUCUUCCAUCUACUUUAACAUCGUUGUCGACAAAAUGCUACGCAGUUACUGCACUGGCAAAGUUAGCAACAAGGUUUGGAUCAACCGUAGACCGUAUAAACGCUCUUGUUCGAGCAAACCAAGCACAUCUUCAUCUAGAGCUACAACAACGCUCUGUUGAAUUCUCGCGACUCUUGGACUGUGGCGAUCUCAAAUAUGGACUUCUCGAACGAAUGCCUGUAAUUACGCAUAAUUCGCUCAAUGCCGCUGCUGCUCCGAUUGAAGAUGGUCCUAGCCUUAUCGAGGAUACGCAACCAGCACCUGCUGCUACAACUGUACCGACAUCGAACGUUGACUUGCUUGAUCAGCUGGCUGGACUUGGAGAACCGGUGUCGGUGCCAACGCCAGUUAAGACAAGUACCAAUAAUGACUUGUUCGAUCUCAUGGCUGGACCAAAUGUGCCUACAAUAGCUCCGCACAAUUCUAUUGUUGAUGGUAAUUUGCUAGGAGCGUUGUCAUCAGUGUCUGUUUCGAAUCCUAUGCCAUCACCAGCAGUUCCUGCUGCUGACCCGUUUGAUCUUCUCGCAGGACUUGGUGCUCCUUCUGUUUCGCCUGCUAAAACUGUUGCUCCAGUUGCUGAACGCGUUGUUGCGCUGAAUAGUGGUGGGAUUGAAGCUCACAUCAUGGUGUUAGGAGGAGGAUGGUCUGGCGACAACGUUCAGCUGCAAGUUGAAAUUACCAACAACACUCCAGUUCAAGUUCAGGACUUUGCAUUCCAAGCAGCUGUAACCAAGGCGUUUACCAUCGAACUACAAACGCCGUCCUCCACCACGCUAGAACCAAUGGGCGGAUCUGUAAUCACACAAAUUGUAAAAAUAACGAGGGUAUCUCGUGGACAACAGUUACGGAUGCGCACCCGAGCACUGUACACAUCUAAAGGCCAACAACAUAAAAUACAAGGAGAAGUAAAUCGAUUCCCGGGCUUGGAUUGA